AUGCUUCGGAACACCAUAUUCCUGGUAUUAGGCAUCAUGUUAGGCGUUCGACUCACGGAUUUCAUGGGCUACCUGAAGCUGUGGCGGGACAACGACCAGCGGGCGAGUGAAAAGGCGGCGCUGCUCAGGUAUCCGGUUGCCUCGGAGGAGCACCUGGCCAUCUGGCUGAGGAGGGAGGUUCGAAUCCUCUGCCUGGUGCUCACCAUGCCCUCCUCGCACAGCACAAAGGCGGCCCGAGUAAACCGCACGUGGGGAGCCCGCUGCAAUAAGCUGAUCUUCAUGAGCACAGCAGCAGACCCCCAUCUGAAUAUUCUCAAGAUGAACAUGUCCGAGUCCCGGAGUAACCUGUAUGCCAAGGUGCGCACGGGAAUGGCCCAUGUGCACAAACAUUACCUAAACGAUUACGACUGGUUCCUGAAGGCCGAUGACGACACUUACAUUGUGAUGGAGAAUCUGCGUCUGUUCCUUUAUCCCUAUGACCCGGAAUCUUCCGUGUACUUCGGCUGCCACUUCAAAUCCAGGUUCUCCCACGGCUAUAUGUCCGGUGGCGGAGGCUAUGUGCUCAGCCGAGAUGCACUGCGUCGUUUGAAUCUAUUCGCCCUCAACAGCACCACCACCUGCAAAUUGAACGGGGACUCCGAAGACGUCCAGAUCGGUCACUGCCUGCAGGAUGUGGGUGUCAUAGCGGGUGACACGCGGGACUUCCAGGGGCACCACCGCUUUCUGCCCGUCAGUCCGUUUAGCCUUAUCCCCUUCAUAGCAUUCGGUUCAUGGACAGAUGGUUACUUCUUUCACAAACCAAAUAGAAGCGACUGCUGCUCUCCCUCGGCCAUAUCCUUUCAUUAUGUCAAGGACAUAGAGUUUGAGUUCUUCGAAUUCUUCCUGUACUAUUUGAGAGUCUUUGGGUUGCACAGGCCGCAAAGGGCUCUUCCAUCGCGCCUGGGAUUCCGGCAGAUGAACGAGCGACUGCAGCACUGGUCCCACCAAGUCAGCGACAACAGAGGAUAACUAAGGAUAGUCCUGUCAAUAAACCCGUCAAUUGCUCAACGAUGAGCUUAAUAAUUAAAAUUAAAGCUAAACAUAAAUAGCAAGUGUUAGCCCAUUGAGUCCCGCCAAAUAAGUGAAUCUGGCUUAGAUUAUAGAGAUAUUGUUGGAUAAUAAUUAAAAUAUUACUUACAUGCCUUGUGUUUAAUGUACUUGACUAAAAAAAGGAAACCGAAAUACUGUAAUAAACUUUUCAAGUUCU